AUGUCCUGGUCCCAGACUAACAGUUCAGCCGGCCACAUCGCCCAGGCCUGCCCCGACGCUGGCGUCCCCACCUGCUACUCGUGUGGCCAGGCCGGUCACCUCUCGCGCGAGUGCCCCCAGCCCAAGCCUAAGGCCUGCUACACCUGCGGCCAGGAGGGCCACCUCUCGUCGGCCUGCCCCCAGGGCCCCGCUGCCGGCGGCUUCGGCGGCCCCACCGGUGGCGAGUGCUACCGCUGCGGCAAGCCCGGCCACAUCGCCCGUCUCUGCCCCGAGUCUGGUGACGCUGCCGGCGGCGCUGCUGGCUUCGGCGCUGGCUUCGGCGGUGCCCCCGGCGGCUACGGCGGUGGCUUCGGCAACAAGUCGUGCUACACCUGCGGUGGUGUCGGCCACAUCUCGCGCGACUGCCCCUCGGGCGGUGGUGGUGGUCGCCAGGGCGGCUUCGGCGGUGCCCCCGGUGGCUUUGGUGGCUCGCGCCGCUGCUACAACUGUGGCCAGGACGGCCACAUCUCGCGCGAGUGCCCCCAGGAGCAGGGCCGUACUUGCUACCAGUGCGGUCAGGUCGGCCACAUCUCUGCCAACUGCCCCGGCGCCGGCGGCGCUGCCCCCCAGGCUUAA